AUGGACUGCCAUUUUUCUGUGUGGGGAGUUUUGGCCUUUUUGAGUUUGGCUCUGGUUGUUUCAUUGAUACUGAACAUUUCACACUAUAUGAAAAAUAAACAAGCUAAACUAUAUAAAGACUAUGAAGAAAACCGUCCAAGAUAUAAUGACUAUCACACAGAAGACGACCCAGUUUAUAGCAAUCUCAAUCAAAAUAAUUUAGAGGAAUGCUGUUACGAGCAGAUGACGUCCCAGCCUGAAAGGCCGGUUAAUGAGCUACAGGUGGAGUCUGCCAAUCAGAUGUGUUACGCCUCACUUGAUCACAGUAUCAAGGGAAAAUACAGAAAACCAAGGAGGAAGAAAGACCCUUCAUUAGAGGAUGAUGAAGCAGAAAGAUCAUCUAACCCCAGCACGAUGGCUUCCAAAGUUUGCAUUUACCUCAACAGUGAGCAGCUGGCUGCUGAAGACAUGGCACACAUAGAAGCUGUUCAUGAUGAUCCCAUCAGAUUAAUGGGUUUGAUUCGUACUACAAAAGGAGAGAACAUUUGA